CUCCCCCUAUAAAGGACAAGCUGUUCUCUCCACUGGGCCGCACUAAUAACCCACUUCCAAUCUUUAUAAUGACUGAGACUGGCUAUGAGGAUAACACUGCCUUUCUUGGAGAAUGGGGACCUUUCCAACAGAUGGUGUUCUUUCUCUUAUGUUUGAGUAUCAUCCCUAACGGCUUUACAGGUAUGUCUAUUGUGUUCAUCGGUGAUACACCAUCCCACCAUUGCCUUAUACCCGCAAAUGCGAACAUUACUGGCGAAUGGAGAAAUCACAGUAUUCCUUUGGAGGAGGAAAGCGGGACUGUUGUGCUCAGUAAAUGCGCCAGAUACAAACUCGAUGUCAUAAAGAGUUUCUCAGAAAGAGGUUAUGUCCCAGGGAUCGAUGUCAACGUUUCCGAAAUACAGCACGAGACCUGUUUGGAUGGCUGGGAAUACGAUCGGGGGACGUACAUCUCAACUAUUGUGUCCGAGUGGGACCUGGUGUGUGCUGAUAAGUGGAAGAACCCAUUGACCUCUUCUGUGUUCUUCUGUGGUGUCCUCACUGGCUCCUUCCUCUCUGGCCAGCUCUCUGACAGGUUUGGGAGGAAAAAUGUUCUCUUUGCCACCAUGGGAGUCCAGACUGUGUUCACAUUUUUCCAGGUCUUCUCUCCAUCCUGGGUUGUAUUCUGUGCCUUAUUCUUUGUUGUCGGGAUGGGGCAAAUCUCAAAUUAUGUGGCUGCAUUUGUGCUAGGAACUGAAAUUUUAUCUCCAUCCAAACGGAUAAUCUACUCCACUCUUGGAGUUUGUAUGUUCUACACCAUUGGCUACACGCUCCUUCCAGCAGUGGCCUUCUUCAUCAGAGACUGGAGGAUGCUGAUGCUAGCCCUGACCCUCCCAGGGUUCCUCUAUGUCCCUUUUUGGUGGUUCAUCCCAGAGUCUCCCAGAUGGCUGCUCUCUCAGGGAAGAGUGGAGGAGGCUGAGGCCAUACUGAGAGAUGCUGCCAGGAGGAACAGAGUCACAGCACCCGAGGUCAUCUUCCGGCCUGAACAGUUAGACCCCAAGGCUGGGAAGUUGGUGGCCCACAACAUCUGUGAUCUGGUGAGGUCCAGCAACAUCCGUUGGGUGUCCAUCACGCUGUGGCUGGUCUGGACCAUUCUGUCCAUCGGGUACUUUGCCUUGUCACUGAACACGUCCAACCUGGCGGGGAGCUCCUAUCUGAACUGUUUUCUGUCGGCUGCCAUUGAGGUCCCUGCCUAUACCAUGGCCUGGCUCAUGUUCCGCUGCUGCCCACGGCGCCUGUGUCUCUUCUCCACUCUGUUUCUGGGUGGGGUGGUGCUGCUCUGCAUAAACCUCAUACCACCAAAUCUGAGCUCUGUGUCCACUGCACUAGAGAUGCUGGGGAAGUUUGGUGUGACUGCAGCUUUUUCCAUCGUGUACGCCUACACGGCUGAGCUCUACCCCACUGUCGUGAGGAACACAGCCAUAGGGGCCUGUUCCAUGGCCUCCAGAGUGGGGAGCAUCUCUGCCCCAUACUUCAUCUAUCUGGGAGGCUGUUCCAAGUCGCUGCCAUACAUUCUAAUGGGGAGUCUUACAGCUCUGUCUGGGUUGCUUAGCCUCCUGCUGCCUGAGAGCUAUCGAGUGCCUCUUCCAGACACCAUCACUCACAUGCAGACCUUCCCAGGAUGGAAAAAGAGACCAGUGUGUAAACUGAGCCAAACGACAGGAGAGGAAGAUGUGUCCGAUACUUUGUGACAUCUACUGGACACCUCAGUUUUUCCUUCAACAUGUAUUUGUAUUACCACAUUGUGUAACUAACCAAGAUGCUUAUAAAGCACUUUUUCUAUGUAUUUUAUAUGUGCAAAGUAUCAGUAUUGUUUAGCAUAUUUUGUACUUACAGUUGAAGUCGGAAGUUUACAUACACCUUAGCCAAAUACAUUUAAACUCAGUUUUUCACAAUUCCUGACAUUUAAUCCUUAAAUUUAAUCAUUAAAAUUCCCUGUCUUAGGCCAUUUAGGAUCACCACUUUAUUGUAAGAAUGUGAAAUGUCAGAAUAAUAGUAGAGAGAAUGAUUUAUUUCAGCUUUUAUUUCUUUCAUCACAUUCCCAGUGGGUCAGAA